AUAGAGUCUGUUUGGUUUCAGUUUUUCUAUUGUGAUAUGGAAGAAAGCGAAGAUGUGCCAAAAGAUUUUAUCAAGCUCAAGUCUGAAAAACUCUCUGUAGAUGAAGUGUCAGAGCUGGUUGUUUCACCAUACUGUGGGGCAGUGUCUCUGUUCAUUGGUACUACAAGAAAUAAUUUUGAAGGAAAGAAAGUGAUUCACUUAGAAUAUGAAGCCUAUACUUCAAUGGCAGAGACUGAAAUAAAGAAAAUCUGCAGAGAUGUUAGACAGAAAUGGCCUUCAGUCAAACAUGUUGCAGUGCACCAUAGACUUGGUGUGGUUCCAAUAACUGAAGCAAGUGUAAUUAUUGCAGUCUCCUCUCCGCACAGAGCAGAAUCCCUUGAAGCUGUAAUGUACUGCAUCAAUACCUUAAAAGCAUGUGUCCCAAUAUGGAAAAAGGUACGUUUGGGGACAAAAUCAAAUUUAGGCCUAUGCUAGUCUUAGACAUCUUGG